AUGUGGUUAUGGUUAAUUGUUGGGACGAUCACGUGCCGCUCGUUGAUUGAUGGAGCGAGUUUUGACAGAUCACCCCUAUCCGCGAAAUGUAACCGAAUUCGAGCAGCUCUUCGAAAUAAUCCAAGUCACUGGAAUGUCGAGUUUUACAAGAGUUUUUGCACGGAAUCGAGUGAGGAGGAUUUCUGGAAUACAACUAGUACAACGACAACGACAACAACGGCGACAACGACGACAACGACGACAACGACGACAACAACGGCGACAACAACAAGGACAACAACGACAGCAACAACAACAACAACAACAACAACAACCACAACAACGACGACAACGACAGCAACAACGACAACAACGACGACAACGACAACUACUACAACGACCACGACAACGACAACAACGACAACAACAACAACAACAACAACCACAACAACGACGACAACGACAGCAACAACGACAACAACGACAACAACGACAACUACUACAACGACCACGACAACGACAACAACGACAACAACGACGACAACGACAACAACGACAACAACGACCACGACUACGACGACUACGACCACUACAACUACCACAACUACAACUACCACAAAAACGACUACUACAACGACGACUACCACUACAACUACAACUACGAGAAAAACUAUACCCGUCUUCAUCAUCACAAUAGCGCCUACUCCACCAGGAGCGCGAGGAGUUGCAACGACAAAACCCGUUGAAGUGGAGAUCAUUUAUCAAGAUGAAGAGAUUCCAAUCGAAAAGGCUCGACUCUUGGCUCCGGGACUCGUUUUCCAUGAUAAACUUAAAAAUGAACAAGAGGCAAUCAUCAAGAUUCAAGGA